UUGCAGGUGACCGUGUAUCGAUGCCUUGAAGGAGGACUUGUUGCUGUCCUGCAGGCUUAUGUUGAUGACGAUAAAGAUGAGUCAUUCUAUACUGUGAGCUGGGCAUGCAAUAUUGAUGGCUCUCCAUUCUUGGUGGCUGGUGGAAGCAAUGGUAUAAUUCGUGUCAUUAAUUCUGGCAGUGAGAAGAUACAUAAGAGCUUUGUCGGUCAUGGGGACUCAAUAAAUGAGAUCAGGACACAAGCACUGAAACCUUCACUUGUAGUUUCUGCUAGCAAGGAUGAGUCCGUCCGGCUGUGGAAUGUACACACAGGGAUUUGUAUUCUGAUAUUUGCAGGAGCAGGUGGACAUCGCAAUGAAGUGCUAAGCGUUGAUUUCCAUCCCUCUGAUAUUUACCGCAUUGCAAGUUGUGGUAUGGAUAAUACUGUUAAGAUUUGGUCUAUGAAAGAAUUUUGGACAUAUGUUGAGAAAUCUUUUACAUGGACUGAUCUUCCAUCAAAAUUCCCCACAAAAUACGUUCAGUUUCCUGUUCUCAUAGCUUCAGUUCACUCCAACUACGUAGAUUGCAAUAGAUGGCUGGGCGAUUUUGUCUUAUCAAAGAGUGUCGACAAUGAAAUUGUUUUGUGGGAACCAAAAACAAAGGAACAAAACCCUGGGGAGGGGUCUGUUGAUAUUCUUCAAAAAUAUCCCGCACCAGAAUGUGAUAUCUGGUUCAUCAAGUUCUCAUGUGAUUUCCAUUACAAUGCAAUGGCUAUAGGUAAUCGGGAAGGGAAAAUUUUUGUUUGGGAGCUCCAGUCAAGCCCUCCUGUUCUGAUAGGACGGCUAUCUCAUGUUCAAUGCAAGUCUGCCAUUAGACAGACUGCCAUGUCCUUUGAUGGAAGUACCAUACUUAGCUGCUGUGAGGAUGGUUCAAUAUGGCGGUGGGAUGCAGUGCCAUGAAGAUUCUUGGUAUCAGCAUUUUGCUUUUUUCAUAUUUUAGCCUGCCUUGCACCAUCUGUUGGUGUCUGCCUUCAUUUUUACUUGAUGCUCGCCUCACGCUAUUGAUCUCUGUUGUGUACAUGAAGAGAUUGGACCGUGAGCUCAAAGCAGACAGAGGAGAAUGCAAAUACUCAGAUGAAUGGAUCUAUCCUGUAUCUUCAUGGUGUCUGUACGUUCAAUCUGGUAUCUGCACCGUGCAUGAUUGAUGUAAAGAUAGCUGAUUCUUCCAACUUGACGAGGCUUUUACUAAAAUGUUGCAAUAUUACUGUUGAUGAAAAGUUGCAUGUAGUUAGUGUUGGCAAUGGGCUCACUGAAAGCUUGCCUAAUAUUUAAAACACUGCAGAAAGACUGAUCAUUGUUUUAGUUUAUUAGUGGCAGUGAUGGAUUUUAGUUCA